CCCAAUACUACACACACUCUCCCUGAUGUUGCACACACACCUAACAACACACACACACUCUCUGAUUCUACGACACACACUCCCAGAACCCCUCACACACUCUCUGCUGCUGCCAAUGCACCUAACAAUGCACACACAUGUUCUGCUGCUACAAAACACACUCCCACAACCACUAACAGGCACUCGGAUGCUGCACACACACUCCCUGAUGUUGUAAACACACCUAACAACCCUGAAACACUCUCUGAUUCUGGGACACACACUCCCAGGACCCCUCACACACUCUCUGCUGCUGCUGGCCCGGCUAACGCUCGCUCCCCCCGGCCCUGUGCGGAGGUCAGCUCCCACGCCGAGCUUUGCUCGCGGCUCAUCGAGGAAAACCUGAACCUGAAGGACUCGCGUGGACCUCUCAUCCCCUCUGGCGGCUGGACGCCACAGGAACAGAAAGGAGGUACUGAUUCAGAGGAGGAGCGAGGGAAAGGGAGGGAGACAGAGGAGGAGAUGGAGAGGGAGACAGAGAGGGAGACAGAGGAGGAGAUGGAGAGGGAGACAGAGGAGGAGAGGGAGAAAGGGAAGUGUGAGACAGUAGUUGAUGAAGGUGAAGAGAAGGAAGAAGAAGCCAAGGAUGAAGAUGAAGAUUUGCUGACUGAAAGUGGCGAGACGGAGGAAGAGUUGGAGGAGGUGGAGGUGGAAGAGGAGGUCCAGGUUACAGUUCUGAAGCAGAGUCAGGAAAGAAGGGAGGAGGAGCAGGUGAUGAAAGAAGACAAGAGAAAAAGAGGGGAAGAGGAAGAGGAGGAAGAGAGACGAUGUGAACAGACGCAUACAGAUAAGGAAGCUGAUUCAUGUUUGAACGCAAACUCUGAGGACUCUUAUUCUGAAAAUACAGAAAACAAACACUCUGAGGACUCUUAUUCUGAAAAUACAGAAAACAAACACCCUGAGGACUCUUAUUGUGAAAACCACACACUCCAAACUCUCUCUGAGGACUCUUAUUGUGAAAACAACACACUCCAAACACUCUCUGAGGACUCUUAUUCUGAAAAUACAGUAAACAAACACACUGAGGACUCUUAUUGUGAAAACCACACACUCCAAACUCUGUCUGAGGACUCUUAUUCUGAAAAUACAGAAAAUAAACACCCUGAGGACUCUUAUUCUGAAAACCACACACUCCAAACACUCUCUGAGGACUCUUAUUCUGAAAAUACAGAAAACAAACACUCUGAGGACUCUUAUUCUGAAAAUACAGAAAACAAACACCCUGAGGACUCUUAUUGUGAAAACCACACACUCCAAACUCUCUCUGAGGAGCCUAACACACCAGCGAUGGAUCCAGACUCACUUUGCACUGAACCUGAGGACUCUGAAGAUAGACAGGAAGAGAGGGAGGAUGAGGAAGAGGAGGAGAAAGAAGAAGGAGAAGCAGAGGUUGAAAGAGGAAGAACUGCAGAGCUUCAAAAUAAAGGCCUCGGCAGCCUGGCUGCCGGUCCCAGUCCAACAGAACCGGACCAAUCAGCAGCCUCUCCACACCCGGACCAAUCAGCAGCCACUCCACAGCCGGACCAAUCAGCUGCUGCCACAGUCCCAGUCCUGUCCUCCUUCUACAGAGUGCUGCUCACAUCUGGAGCGCUGUGUCUGCCUGGAACCAGAGACCGCGGCGGUCGAGCUCUUCUGACGGUCUGCACCGGGAACGCCGUGUGGGCCGACCCGGACUUUGACGGCGCCGCGCUGGUGCGCCUCCUGCUCUACUACUCCUCCACCCUCUGGAAGGACGUGGCAGCGUCCGGGCUGACGGUGUUGGUGGAUGCCCGCAGAGCGUCUCCGGUCCCGGCCCUGUUCUCUGCCCUCCAGGCCCUGCAG